AGUUAUUGAAUUAUCACUCAAAUUUAGUUGCUCUGUGAAAUAUUUUUAAUCAACUUAUGGAAAUAAAUGACGAGAUUACUAUCGAGUCAAGCAAACUCCUAAAUGAGUAUGAAGAAUCCACUUCCAACGAUGAUAUAUAUUGUGCUUACCAGUCAAAAAAUUUAAUCGAGUCCAAAAAACACCCGGGAGAUAUUGUGGAAGCUUCGUCUCUUAGUGCGGUUAGUCUUCCCGAACCUUCUUAUCCAAUUUCUGAAUGGUUGAAAUCAAACUGUCCUUGUUUUGAACAACUCAGUGAUCUUCAAAUUGAUGGUAUUUUAUAUGCUUGUCAGAGGCAUCAACUAUUUCUACCCAAUAAUACAAGGGCUGGAUUUUUCUUGGGGGAUGGUGCAGGAGUUGGUAAAGGGAGACAAAUAGCUGGUGUUAUUAUUGAUAAUUACGUACGAGGACGAAAGAAGCAUGUCUGGUUUAGUGUCUCCUCAGAUCUAGUUGUCGAUGCUAGGAGGGACAUUUCCGACUUAGGUUGCACAAUAAAAGUUAUCAAUGGCUGUCAAGAACUUGAUAGUAAAACAAAAGCUCUUGGACUGUCUUCAGAUUAUAAAGAAGGAGUGUUAUUCUCCACUUAUGCUAUUUUAUCUUGUCCAAGUAGAAUCAGACAAAUAAUAGAUUGGUGCGGGGGCUCAGAAUUCGAAGGUUGCCUGGGUAAUGAAGAUGCUAGUACAAAAGUGGCCUCAGCUGUUCUUCAUUUACAAAGAACUUUGUCAAAAGCUAGAAUACUAUAUUGCAGUGCUACUGGUGCAUCUGAUAUUAAAAAUAUUGCAUUUAUGGAACGUUUAGGACUUUGGGGAGAUGGCACUCCAUUCAAAAGUUUCAAUAACAUCCUGAGUAAUUUCAAUAAAGGAGGUUUGGCAAUGGCAGAAAUGUUAGCGAUGUAUAUGAAAGCUGUCGGAACUUAUGUGUGUCGUAGCUUGAGUUUUAAGAACGCACAAUUCGAAACUAAGAAAAUAGAAUUAACACCAAAGCAAGAGAAAACCUAUAACGCUGCUGUUAAGAGAGAAAUCUUCGUAAGCUUAUCAACGGCCGUCCGAAGAACAAAAUGCUCAUCGAAAACUAUAAAUGCUUCAUUCUGGUCUGCACAUCAACGAUUUUUCAAACAAAUGUGCAUGGCAAUUAAAUUACCAAUUGUGUUGGAAGAAACUAAAAAAGCGCUUGUGAGUGACAGCUGCGUUGUUAUAGGAUUACAGAGCACGGGCGAAGCUGGAUUACAAGCUUCUUUAAAGAAAAAUGAAAAGAUAAAUGAUUUCAUUUCAGUUUGUCGACACAUUGUUUUACAGUUUAUUACAAAUCAUUUUCCAACUACAAUUGAGAAUGCGAAUAUGAGUAGCGUAAAAGUAGAAGAUGAGUGGUGCACUCAGGCGAAAGAAAAGUUAUGUGACUAUGCUUCAAAAAUAGAACUGCCCAAUGGAUGUCUUGAUGAACUGAUAAAUACCUUAGGUGGUAAGGAUAUCGUUGCUGAGAUGACAGGAAGGCGUUACGGACUAUAUAAAAUUAAAGAAAAAGUUCAUUGCAUCUCUCGCUACUCUGACAACGACUCAUUAGAAACAACAAACGUUUCAGAGCGAGACAAAUUUAUGAGGGGCGAAAAACUGAUUGCUGUAAUUUCGGAUGCGGCCAGCACAGGCAUAUCUUUGCAUGCAGACAAUAGAGUUUUAAACAAACGGCGAAGAAUACAUGUUACAUGGGAGCUGCCUUGGUCGGCUGAAAAAGCUGUUCAACAACUAGGAAGAUCAUUAAGAAGUAAUCAAACUAGUGCCCCUAUUUAUCUGCUGCCCGUUACCAAUCUAUCAGGAGAGAUGAGAUUUGCUUCUACAGUUUGUAAACGCCUGCAGCAUCUAGGAGCUUUAACUAGAGGGGAUAGACGAGCAGCCUCUGAAGGAGCUUUUGCUGAGUUCAAUUUUGAUAAUGAAUUUGGCAAACAAGCUUUACAAACAAUGUAUACAGCUAUAUGUCGCAACAGCUUACCACAGGGUCUAGCUGUUCAAGACCUAUGCAAAAGUUAUUCAGAUAUGACUGCUAUGAACAAAUCAUUGAAGGAGUGCUUAUUUUUUGUCGAUCUUAUAAGUGAAGAGACUGCUAUAAAUGUUAAAGAAAAUCAGAAUCGAGAUGUUUCAAAAUUUUUUAAUCGCAUAUUAGGAUUGCCAGUUAAAAAACAAAAAGAGAUAUUCGAAUAUUUUACAUCGUGCAUGGAAUAUGGUAUAAAGAAAGCCAAGGAAGAAGGGAGAUAUGCAGCUGGUUUUCUCGAUAUAACAGCCUCAUCUAUAGCCAUUUCGGAUGGUCCAAGGAGAAUAUUUGAUCAUCUAUUGAAUAUUAAAAUUGAACACAUUUCAUUGGAAAUAGACAGAGGAAUGAGUUGGGAUUCAGCUUUAAAUCGUUUAAAAUUGACUUCAAAUACAGGAGAUGAAGGCUUUUUUAUUUCUAAAAGAGACAUUUACGGCAGAAAACGAAUAGUCCUUGCUACUCUGAAGAAUUCCGGAGAUAACAUUGUGAUAAUUUCCAGACCAUCUACUGGAGCUUCUAAAUCAGAAGAACGUCUCAACGACUUUCAAAAACGCUAUAAACGAUUGAAUAAACUUUCAGAAGCUAAGGAAUACUGGGAAGAGGAACACAAUCGAAGCGCUUCUGAGUGCAUUCAUGGAGCUUCAUGUAGACUGAUUUCGUGCACAAUUGGAAAAAGGAAAUACCAAAUUGACUUGUUGUGUGGGGAAAUUCUUCCAAUACUUAAUCAAUUGGAAAACCUAGUCGCUCAGGCCAGCAGCAUUCUCUCAAGAGCCGAAAGAACCGUUAGGGCAGUUAAAGUCCAAUUAGAAAGUGGCGAGAGAAUUAUUGGCGUUAGAUUUCCAGCUCAUCUCCUUAGAACAGCUUCUGAAAAGUUGACAUAUAAUGGGGCUGGUUUACAAGAGGAGACUGUAAUGACAGUCAAAGAUGCACUAUUGAAAAAAGCAUUUAUGAAACCCCCAUCCAUUAAAGACUAUUUCAAAAGUAAUUCAAAGAAGAGAAGAAGCACAGACACUCAACCAAGUGUAGAUAAAAAACAAAAAAAACUGUCAAAAUGUCCAGUCUGUAAUGUCUCAUUUGACGAUUCUGUAAAAUGGACAACACAAUCCAUGAAUGAUCAUAUGGAUAAUUGUGUAUUGUAA